GCCUAGACAAUGAGCACAAAAGCAAAUCAAGAGAAAGUAGAGGGCCGUUUUGACAAAGUUUUGAGCUAUUACUGGGACGGCAUCCCGGUUCCUCUUAUUUCUGACGCUGAAAAAAUAUGCGCGACAACUUUUGUUUGCAGACAACUUGCAUUUACACCGGAUUACCACGGGGAAACAGUAAAUAUCCCACUCACCGAACCCCUUCAGGCGACACUUUUCUCCUCCUUGGCAAUCCAAAGUGUCGGUCCUCAACCAGCAAGCUCUCGAAUAGGCUCGCAUUAUUCACCCUAUGUCGGUCUUUUUCGUUUCACUGAAGACAAACAGUCUCUCAAAGAUGUUGCUGGGAAUGAAAAGUCGUCUGUCAGGGUUCCUGUCGAAUACUGCGAAAAAGACGAUGGAUGCGCAGGUGACAUUUUCGCAGCUCACUGCCGUGUCCGCACAGGAAAGCUCGUGGCUCUUUACAAGCCGCUGAUCAAGGAACACCUGCCUUUGAGUCGUAAUAGCCUGCGCAACAUAAUUAUCCUAUCAAGCCGGGGCUGUACUUCCAUUUCGAGAGAAGUAAUAGCUGGUGAAAUCAGCGACGUCAACGAGGCAUAUGCGACCGCGUUAUCAGAAGCCAUCUUCUAUUAUAUGUGUCUCAAUCCGUUGCAGAGGCGCAUUUUAGGGCCAUUGCAAUUAGCGACGGAGCCAGAGGGUAGCACGCAAACUAUCCAAGAUCAAUUUUUCACUGACAAGACGGUUGCGCAGCAGCACUUCAACGAAGCAAGACAACAACUGAAAAAGCAGCUUUUCUGGAACGCAUCGACGCAUGGUUACUUUGCGGCUUUGCAAUCACUUUGGGAAUCUAAGUUUGACCAAUUAUUGCUGCUGAAUACGGACGCGUUUACUGGUGUGGUGGAAGUUAGCGAGUUCAUCAGCCGAAUUUCCAACUCUAUCACUUCCAUUAUUUCGCGGAUUCGAAUAGAGUUCUUCACUAAUGUGGAAGAAUUUUUCUACUCAUUUAUCCCAAAUGCGAAAGACGCUCUGUUGAUUUCAGAAGAGGAGUACGAAGACAGCGUUUUCAGAAGAAUUUUUGUCGCUACCGAGGUGUUUCUCGUCUACAAGCUGCGGAGUCUUGUUUUUGACGGUCUAGACAGCCUUGUUGCGUUUUUCGACUGUGGGGGCUGCGGCAGCACAACGAGACUGUCGAAGCGCGCGCAACAAGAUUCAUUUAUUCGUCUGGAUUUGCUCACAGGAGAGUUGUCUCAGCCACGGGCCCCCGCGUUAGCUGUGCUGCUUUUUGGGAUUCGCGAUUUAUUUACGGAGAUUGAGAACGGCGUUAACAACCUGCCAAACGUUGGGUGCGUUAUUUUGCGAACGCUGAAACUCAAGCAAAAGAAAAUUGUCGUUCUCUCGCACGUCGAAGUGGCCUCAUACCGCGCGUCUAUAGCACACAUUUUAAAUGACGUGACACUAAUCAUUGACGGGAUACUCACUUCUUACAAAGCGUUUUGCUCAAUACCUGCGCAGAACGUCUCUGCUGUGAAAACGGGCUCACACAUCGAAGUCGCGAAGCACGUGGGCUUUGCUCGACAGCAAAUGACCGAUAUAUUUCGUGCGUCUUGGGAGCACAUGUAUUGCGGACGCUUUGAAGUCAACUGCGUGACACUGCAAGCGACAUUGGCUCACGAGUGGAAAAACUACAUGUCUGCACUCACUUCCGCCUAUCAGAAGGAAAUCAUCAGCGUUGUCGAUAACGCCAAGAAGAGGAGCUCCAUUAUUCUGAAGGUAUUCGACACCAUUCCCUCCAACGUGGAAGACCUGGAAGUCCACCAGCGAAAUACGGAAGCCGCUAUAGCACUCGCGCGAGAGCUGCGUAGUCUGGACUGCAAAGAAAUUCUCAACAGGGUCGCUUGUAUGGAGGAGCUCCGCGUUCCAAUUGAACAAGACGUGUGCAAAGCUGUGUUUGACUUCAUGAAACUUCCCGAGGAGCUAAUCCGCGGCGCUGAAAAGGCGGGUGACGUGCGCACGAGAUGUGCACCGUCGCUGCAACGCAAGCUGAAUCAACUGCGCACGUCCACUCAGGCGUACAUGAAGACUCUGUCGACGGGUGUAACCGAACUGUAUCAUUUGUUCAACCUGGAGACGUGCGACAUUGCUGCCCAAACCUGCACCGAGUUGCGCGAGCUUGUUGACCGCAUCGAUGCAAAUCUACAGCAAAUCGCGCACGAAGAGCAGGUGCUUGGGAUUUCUGCGGAGGACACGUUUGACAACUUUCCAUCCCUGCUGCACUAUUUCGAGGUGGUUGAGCAGUUUUGGAACUCUAUUUUCGACGCUACCAAAUUGCGCAAUUUGUAUAACAGCCCGAUUUCGUCAGUGAAUGCAACUGCGUCCGUGGAGAAGGUGCGCGAGUGGCGAAGACUAAUUCACAGCUCCUCUCAGCAUCUGCGCGGCUUUCCACUCCUUACUCAGCUUGGCCGCGAGCAGGAGGUUGCGCUUUCCAAAUAUGAAGAGCUGGAACUUUUUCUCGAAGUGAUAUCGUCACCGAAUUUACGCAAAAACCACUGGAAAGACAUUGCUAAGCUGAUCGCUGGACAGCUGCGCGAGGACGUCGCGUCCGUGAUCGACUUGUCUGUUACGGUGAAGCGCCUGCUCAACGCUGGGCUGAUGGAGCAUAUGGGCCCCCUUGGCCAAAUUGCGAAUCAGGCGCAGUGCGACUACGAGGUAGAGAGCGCUCUGGAGGAAAUGAGAAGCUACGGGAAGCGCACCCAUUUUGUGUUGGAAGACUCGCACGACAGCGGAGUAUCGAGGACAUCUGUGGCACAGCGUUUUAUUUAUGAUGCAUCCGCUCACGUUGAGGAGUUUGUGACUCGAUGCUGGGCGAUGCGCCGCUACCCGAAUCUGGGACAACUUGUACAAAGACCGCUGCUGGAAUGGAAGUUCUCGUGCGAGAAGAGCUGCGAAAUGCUCAGCGCCUUCGAGUCUGUUCAGGAGAGCUGCGCGUGGGUGGAGAACUACCUGCACACGCUGCGGAUGUCGCCGAACGAGAAGGGCAAAGAGGGUAGCAGCCGACAGGCGAUCAUUCAGCAUCUCUCUGCAGCGUCAGAUGCCGUCAAGCGGCUGCACACGACGCUGCGCAAACCCCAAUUUUCCUUGUACACCGCGAUUGUGCAAGAAACCAUUCAAGACGUCUUCUUCGCUGUUAAGGCCGCCGCGGACGAUGUGCUCGAGCUGUUGCGCCGUAAUCUGCAUCAGCGACGGGCUGCAUUUCCGCGUUUCUACUUCUUGUCCGACAAUCAGCUUUUGAGCUUUCAGUUUGUGCUGGCUCCGCAGAGUUUCGUCCCUUUUCUCCCGUGUCUCUACUCGCACCUGGCGGAUGUGGAGAUAGCAGAUGGCGAUGUGAAAGCUGUCGUCACUGCAGAUGGCGCGUCGCUGCCUUUGAUGAGCCCAAUAUCUCUCGCAGCGACGUCCCCGGAUGCCUGGCUGGCGCAAUUCGACCUCAUGGUCCGCCGCUCUCUGCUUCUGGCAGUCAAAAACUGCGUCGCUGCUUACUACCGCACGGACCUGGAGACCUGGGUGUCUGCGUGGUGCGGGCAGGUUGCCGUGCUUGCGCUGCGCAUUCUGCACACAGAAAGCAUUCGACACGCGGUGCAGAUCGGUGGCGACGACGCACUCCGCGCGUACGCCAGAAGGAUCUCGGAUGUAUGCUGCGCACUUAGCCAGCUAGCAGUAGAGGCCAAGGGGAAAAGAAAAAGCGGGCACGCAGGCAGCAGCAGUGUCGAGGCGACCAUCAGAGCAGCGCUGGCAUACGAGCAAUUCGCGUUACAAGAAGUUAAGCUCGUAAUCGAGUGGCGCAUUCACAACGUUGCUGACUUGGACUGCACGCAGCUUGUCCAGACUUUCUGUACCCCAUCCGGCGAUAGCAUCCAGGUUUCUUUUAUGGGUGUCAGUUUAGAGUACGGGCUGGAGUUUUUGGGUCACGGAGGACCGCUAUUCAUGAGCAGCUCGCUGUGGAAGCAGAUGGUAAUGGUGCUGGCGGACAUGGAGCUGGGUCGAAGUGUACCGUUGGUUUGUGGGAAAGAAGCCGCGGAGGUAGGAAACGACGUGCUAAAAACCGCCGCCGAGGUGCUAGGACGCUUUUACGUGCGAGUGGAGCUCACAUCGCAGACUCUCGCCGAGACACUCGUCCCUGUGCUGCGCGGCUGCAUCGAGACAGGGGCGUUUCUGUGUCUGGCCAAUUGUGAGACAGCCUCACCGGAGGUGCUGUCAAGCGCUGUGCUGCCAUUGGUACAGGCCUACCUCGCCGCCACCCCGUCGACGAGGUGGGAGCUGUCGUUUGGUCCGUCUGGUGCACUACUCGGUAUUCCCGUGCAUCCCUUCUUCCGGCUGGCCUUCAGCUCCGGCUCGCCGGGUGUAUUCCCUCUUCAAAUUUCCACAUUGUGCGACACCGUCCGCAUUACGUUACCAGAUGUGACGGAGCUGAUGCACAGGCUUCUGACGCAGGCCGGCGUCAUUUCCAUCGGACCGUUUUCCGUACAGGAGUUGGAGCUGGCGGAGCUGUAUGAGCAGUUAAAGGAGCGGGCACCCGAUAUUUUCACAAUUCAGCAGCUGUGCGUCGUCAUUCACGAUUUGAUUGCCCAAGGGGCCGUGUCAGCUGAGGACGAGAACGCUGCUGCUGCCGAGCCGUCGUCGCUCUCGCUGCAGGACCGCUUCUUGAAGAGCUUGUUGCGGACGAGUUACGGGGCCUUUCAGGGCGACGAGGGCGCUAGACUCCGCGAGAGCCUGACGGAGCAAAUCCAGGCGCAGCUUUUGCUACCCAACUGCAAGGGUGUAGUACCGCCUGUAUGGACCACCGUUGCCUCUCAAGACAGGGCGCAGACAACGUGCGACGAGGGGGUGCAGCGUUUCGCAACGUUGAUAGAGCUGCACCGCCGUGUGCUCAUCACCGGUCCGCGCUUUUCCGGCAAGACGGAGUUGUGGAGAAAAUGGGUAGGGGGAACGCCGUCUCUCAUCCUCUCCCCUCAAUUCAUGACCGCAUCCGAGUUGUACGGUAGCGCAACCCAGAAAGGCUACCUGUCGCAGAUGGUGUCGCAGAUCUCGCUCACCAAGGCAGCAGCGAAAGCCAGGCCAAUUGUUGUGCUGGAGGACGUGGAUGCACCAUCCUCGUUUCAGAUCUUUGCGCAGACGUGGUUUGACGGAAGACGAACUCCAGAGGGCGUCGUUGGUGGUACCUGUGUGGUCCCGUCACCCAAUUUAUGCGUCAUCGCUACAGCUGUGGAGGUGCGUCACAUUACCCCGGGCGUGAUCGACGGCUUUGCAAUGCUGGCGUUGACGAGCCCGUCCUGUUGGAAGGGUGCUAUCAAAUGGGCACUGCGAUCGGUGCCUGAGGGCGAGGCAGCGCGGAAGGUGUUGGAGGUCCUCCUGCCGCCGUUAGUGGAUCGAGCGGCGAAGAUGUCACCGGGCAUCGUGGGCAGCGCUAGCGAGCUGACGAACAUGUGCGCUAUUGCCCAGCGGGCGGCAUCGCUGUGCAGCCGCUGGUACGCGUACGCGCUGACCAUCCGCACCCACAGUGACGUACUGGCACCGCGAGAGGACGACGACGAGGUGGACCUGCGCCUGUUCGCCGCGCGGUGCGCCGUCAUGGCCGCCAGCUGGUCCGUCGGCCUGUCGCUCCCGUCCGAAGACCGCGACACCGUGAAGCUCACGCUUCUCUCUGCCGAGGCGGACGUGGUGAAGGCGCUCGCCGGCAGCGACGUUUCCGGCGAGGUGUUUCCCGAGCUGACGUACAGCAGCAUCAGCCCAUUGGAGCAGGUGGUGCUGCCGCAAGGAUGGAUGUCGUUCGACGACGCUGCAAAGCGAACGGACUUGCCGCUGAGCUGGUCCGGCUACCGCAACGUGAACCCGCAGCUUCAAGUCUCGCUGCAAGUGCUAACGAUGCCGUCACGUCUCGCAACGCUGCGCUCGAUGGAGUGCCUCAUGAACUGUGGUCAGCACGUCCUGCUCCACGCCGGCGCCGUGAAUGGGAAGACAACGUUGCUCCACACCAUGCGAACAUGCGAGAACUGGGUGACGCAAGUCUUUCAGAUGAACGCCGGCUUCAACGCCACUGAGAUGCAGCAGACCAUGGCCGGCACGUUGUCGAAGCGGUGCAACGGACGCUAUGGACCCCUUCUUGGCCGGCGACUGGUGGUGUGCGUCGAUGACCUCCACCUGUCUCCCGCAACCGCGUACGGUGACUGCGCGCCAUUGGCUGGCUGCUUCAUGAGCUACUGUGCAAAGUUCAGGGCAAUUAGCACACCCGCGCUAGGGACGGUUCCGACGACAGACGUCGUCUUUUGCGCCACUACGCUGCUGCAUGCGCUUUCGCACGAGCGUGGCAGCAUCGGCGCAUUUAGCGGGUGUGUGGAUGUGCUUCUUCCCCUGUUUAACGGCGACGAGAUUGCAAACGGGCUGCUUCAGAUAAGCGACAUGGCCUCGUCGCGGAAGCGCGCGAAAGGGUUUCCGCAGGAGUGCGCUGCCUUUCUCGGCCUUAUCCACGGCGUGUACUGCCAGCUGAGUCAACGGCGUGCAUCUUUAGCAAGCAACUCUGGCUCUUUCUCGUUAAGCUCUGCAAUUCACGUGGCCGGCGGUGCGCCACCUGACUCGGGGUCCCCGACGACCAUCUCCGCAACCGAGACGAAUGCAACGGACAGCUCUGCCGUGACUCUACAAGGAAACGAAUCUUUUUUCUUUACCGAGCACUUCCGCGCUUUGCUUGAAGCGGCCGAAGUCGUUCGCGUGCAUUUGCUGAGCGCGGUGUCCGAUUCUCAGGUGUCUGCGCGCGUCUUUAUCGGCCUCACCACCUUCUACGACGAGUUGCUCUCUCCAUCCGCCAACAUGCUGUCAGCAGACACGGCGACGUGGUCGUCAGAGGCGGCGGCGGAGCAGGAGUACCGCCGAGUUUCCCACGAGUUCCGCAACUCCGCCGUCCAGGCAGCAGAGGGUACGCUGCGCAACAGCGUCCACGGAAGUGUCGAGUUCCGCAACGUGGCCAAGGAGCUGCCGGAGACGCUUCUGCGCGACGCCGUCUCCGCCGCGAACGAAGCGCGCGUGGCACAUCGCAUCGCAUGCUUCCCAGACGCGCUCGAGGAGGAAGAGGAGACGGACCUCAGCUCCCUCGGCGAUCAGCGAAAGGGCAACGUUGCGAAGAGGACCUACCGCAGCGGGGCGACGGUUCGGUCCGAGACACGGCACAGCUCUGUCCUUCUCAGUUAUCCUGAUUCUCUCAAAAUUGCGAUGGUGCGGGCAGAGGAGUCCAACAGAGACGUGUACAUACGCAGGUCCUCGUCGACGGUGGGGGCCAGCGUACGCUCGUCGCGGCGAGCCUCGUCGGUGGGCUCAGCAGCGAGUGAGACGUCCUCCGUCAGUCAGCAUCGGUCGCCGUCCGUGAUGGUGACGCCGACCUACCAGACAACAUGGCUCACGACGCGACUUGUCCACCUGGCGGACACGCUCUCCGCGCCGGGGACGCACCUUCUUUUUCUCGGGGACAACACGUUUGGCAUGCGACGCCUCUUCCGGCUGUGGUGUGCGUCGUCGCACGUCCCUUUCAUGUGGUUUCGCGUGAACCCCGCCGACGCGCCGAGAGACGCUAUCAGCACCUUCGUGGCGGAACUCCGCGCCACCAUCACGUACGUGUGCCGGGAGAGUGUCCACGCCGUCGCGUACGUGCCGCCGCCGCUGCUCCGCACCCCCGAGGUGCUGCGGAUCAUGGACGCCCUCGUUCGCAGCGGUGACGUUUCCAGCCUCUUCACCGAUGAGGAGCGCUUUGGACUGCUCAACGGACCCGCCGCCGUGCAUUCGCGGUCGUUGAAGCCGUUUGUUUUUGUUGAUGACUCUCCGCUGCGGAAGCGGUUACUGGGAAGCCUGAACUUUGUGUUUCACCUGUACGACGCGACAGAGGCGCGCCAACUGGGCAAGGGCUACCCUUUCUUACUGCAGUCGACCACCACGGCCCUGCCGUUGCACACGGAAGCGUUGGAGCGGUCUUUGCUGGAAGAGAUGGCGCUGGGGAUUCUGCACCGCAGAGAUGCGCACACGGGCGGAAUACGCAGAAUGGAGGACGAGGACGACGCUGCAUACGCCACCGCCGUCCAUCACGGCGCUGAGGAAGAGGCGUACGGCAGACGGUUAACUCCACGAGCUGCGUGCACGGCUCUCUGCGCCGCCUUUGAUCACGUGCGGAAAACGUAUCCAACCUCCGUAGAGCAGUUUCUGGAGUUUGUUCGACUCUACAAGGAACUCGAUAAAACCGCGCGGGUUCAAGUGCUGGCGAGCGCGCGGACAGGCAAGAUCAUUGCAGGCCGCGGGGAUGAGGCGGUGCAGGCCGUGAACGCCGGGACGCAGCGGAGUCGCGUCAUUGUAGAGGAGCUUGCGGCGAUGCAGGUGAAGUUGGCUCUCCUCACCGAGACGCUCGAAGGACAGGAAAGGGAGCAUGGAAUGCGCGCUGCAGAGGCGGAGCGUUCACGAGAGGCGCUGACGAGAACGAGAGACGCCGUGCAGAAGCAGCGAGACGCCGUCACGAAGGGUCUCGAGAGUGCGAUGGGAGAGGUCGCCAAGUCGCUGAGGCAGCUGCGCAGGGCAAAGACAGGGAUUGUGCGAGCGCUGGGCAUGUCACGCGUACCCGACAAAGGCACGCUUCUCGUCCGCGCUCUUUACGCGGUGCUCGGCGAAGAGGUGCCGAAGCACAACGACAACGCGAACGAACUGUGGAGCCUUUCCAUGCGGCGGAUGUGCACCAAGGAGUUUACAGCACAGCUGGCGAAGACAGCCCCCGAGAACAGCAUCGAUCGCCUGCCGGCCUUGCUGCCAUUCCAUCGUGAGCUGGACGUAGUGCGGUAUGGCCCUGCCCUUCCCUACGCUCAGCUGUUGGCUGAUUUCGUGGUGGCGUGGGUGAGGUGCGUGCGGUUUAUGGCGGAGGAUUACACAGCCGGGAAGGCAGAGAUCGCGAGGGCUCAACACGCACUUGAGCAAGACGAGUCUGUCCAGCAGCAGAGGGAGGAGGAGGUGGGGCUGGCGGAGGAGGCGGCUGUACAAACGCGAAGGGAAGUGCAAAGCCUUCAAAAGUCCCUAGCGGCCUUGCAAGAGGAACAAAGUGAAUUAGCCGGUGGUGAGUCGCGACUUCUCAAGUACACGGGCUUUGUGGAUCGUUUCACGCGCUUUCUUAUCGAGCCCGCCACCGUGGCCGAGCGGGUCAAACGCGCGCAAUGCGUCGUCGGCGACACGCUGUUUGUGGCGGCCUUUUACUCUCUUUUGGCGAUGCACGGCUGCGCGCAAUCCAUGUCGGCAAGUCUGCAGGAAGUUCUCACCAAGACGGUGCAAGGCACGACGCUUCGUUUCAGCUCUCUGAGCGAGGUGUGCACGCAUCUGCUCUUCCAAACACACGCGCCGAAAACAGAGGUGCUACUGGUGACCGGCUGCAAUACUCCGUGGGAGUACAAGGCACUGAUGCUGAGCCUGUACCAACGUCGCGCGUCACGGUGGACGUUGGUGGGCGGCGCUGGUCCGGUAGCGGCAUACGAGCUGCUGAAGUUUCUCGCUUUCUACUGCACCGGCAGCGUCUCAGUGUCGGCGGCCGACCCGUUGGUGAAGGAGCGGCUGGCGGCGGCCAUGCGGGCCGGCGAAGGCGUUCUACUGUGCGACGUGCAAGGCUCAGCCGCCGUUGAUCUGGUGCGAUCGCUUAAUCCGGUUUAUCAGCGGCUGAAGGAGUAUCACAAGAGUUUACUCCACAGGCCGUUGGACACCAAGGGCAGCGGUGGUGGUAAUACCGACUUCGCCGCUGUCGCUACCGCUGCGCCGCUGCAGAUGCAGAGCACAACUAAAAAGCCGUUUAUGCAGCCAUCAAAGGGACCCGCAGCGCGGUCCGUCACGUGUGUCUGGUUUGACGGGCAUGAGGUGCGCGUGCAUCCGCAGUUCUUCUUAGUGUGCACGUGCUGGCCUGUCAUUACCAGUGGCUUGCAAGAGACGUGCGCGAGCCUUGACGUGUUUAACUUGCACACCCCCUUAAACCACGAUCUGCGUCUUGAGUGGUUGCUUUACGAUGCCGUCAAGAAGCCCUCCGUCUCUACGAAGGUUGCUUCGAUGCAAGAGGAGGUACGGGCUCGCCAGAACAUGUACUUUAAUGUGAUUCAGCUGUUUGCAAAUGCGCACGACUCGGCCGCCGCGCUCCUUGCUGUUGACCUGUCCGACAUUAGCAGCAACGCACGCGGCGAUGCACUGCUGGCGGAGAUGGAGCAGGCGCUCGCGCAGGUGGACACGCACGAUGCCCAGAUGACCACUACCACCUCUUAUGUGCAGAGCCUGCAGCGGACAUUGCAGGAGGGCUGGGACGCGAUCCUGCCCGCGAUGAAAGCGGUAGCCAGGGCAACAGAACAGAUCGAAGCGAAUCGACUGGGCCGCCCGUGGAAUGCGUCUGGCCUCGACAACUGCAUCGCGGACAUAGCGAACCCCUCCCCGGCACUCCUGCAACGCAUAGCGCCGCUGUCGUUCAGCGACUUGCCCAUCGGCCAGAAGUGCUAUUACGCACUAGCGCUCUUCAUCCAGCGCGUCGUCGAGCUGCUCGGGCCGGGGUGGCCCACGGCCUUAAAGGGAAUGUUCUCCCUGAGCAUUCUGUGCACGGCGAUGUCCGCUGCACCGGCAACCUUCGCGGCGGAGUCGAAGUUGCCCAUGCUCACCGAGGGACAGCGGAGCGUGCUGGAGCGCAUGGUGUAUGACAGUCCUACCUUCCAACCGGCGGAGCCAGCAGGAAAAGCAACGCCGGGCCCAGAGCUGACGUUGCCGUCACGCGAUGGCGCAGACGCCAACGCCAAGGGGGCGGAGGACCCUGCGGACGUUGUACGCAACGUGUUUACCGCGUCUGGAGAUGCGCUGCUGCGGCGUCUGGCAAGUGCGGAGGUCGAUGUGGCGGAGGCGGAGAUGGAUGACUCCUUUAAUGCAGGCGGAGAGACGGCGUACGACGUGACGCAGCUCUUCACCGCCUUGUUGGAGCUCGACGUCGAACAGGCAAGCGACUCCGCCGGCGCCCUUUACAACACCUUUAUGGGCUCCGUGACAGGUUUUUGCGGCGGAUCGAAUCGCACCCCAACGCGGCCGUCUGCGCAAACGAGUCCCUUGGAAGGGCCGCGGCCACAGGUGACGGGCCAACAGUACAACUCGGCGAUGAACGACAGCGAGUUAGAGGGCGGCGCAAGCAGCGGACGCACAGUCAACGACGUGAACGAGAUCAGCGUCCCACAUGCUGAGCUGCCUACAGUAGAUGCACAUAUACAACGCGCCGUAAAAGCACAUUUGCCGUUGUGCCUCGUCUCAAAGAGCCUCAUCGAGGAUACGCUCAUGUGGCUGCAGAGCGAGGUGAGGGAAACCAAAUGGGUGUUUCAGUGGCAAGAACUGGUCCCGCCGUCCUCGGUGCUCCUAUCGUCGGACACGCCGCAUGACGACGUCGCCGGCGCGCUUCAAAGAAGAGCUGCUCUGCGGCAAUCGUUUGAGAAGGCUAUGCAGCGUGUCGUCUCACUGGCGCGGGCAUCGUGCGAGCCAGAUACGUGUGGCGUGUGUUUGACGUUUGUUGUGGAUGUGAAGGCGGACUCGUCUGUCAGUGCCGUCGCCGCAUCGGACGUGCUGCUCUUCAAGGAGGAGUUUCAGCGACUACUUUCGCUUUACAGCGCCACCUCUCUCACCAGCGCCAGCAGAGGUGCUGCUCCGACGCUGUGCCUCACGGUGAUCUGCAGUGCCGCGGCGCAGCAUGUCAUCUGGGGACAGGUAGCCGCCGAGACCUCCGCACCUCCAAUCGGCUCGUAUCCGGCUCGCUGCGGUGCAGAGACGGUGCCGUGCUGCUGUCUUUCCCUGUCCACGUACACCCCGCAGCUGGCGCUGGCGGACCUCCUCCGCCCUUCCCGGCGCUUCUUCACCAAAGAUGGCGCCAUGCAGAUCUGCGACGUCGUUCUACAGCAAGUACAAAACGAGCUGGACGCCCGCACGGAACACGGUGCCUCGGCUGAGACGCGGAAGUCGCGCGUACGUGGGCCGGCGCUGGCGAGGCUGACCUCUACACGAGGGACUGCCACACUCACCGUCCCGCUGCCAGAGCUGCCGCCCGACCUCUCCCGCGGCGCGCUCGUCGCACUGCGGAAAGCGGUGAGUGAGUUGCGCUUGUGCGCACGUCUGUUGCAUUACGAGAUGAUGGUGGCCUACGCGGCAUCUACCGCGCGGCUGCACCUGUUGUACGUGACGAGCAGCAACGCGGAGAACGCCGAUGCGGACGCACAGCUGUUUACGGAGGCAGAGCAAAGGUUCUGUCGCGGCCACGUGUACGACCCUGCGCCGCUUUUGAAAAUCCACAUCCUCCUCUCCGAGUGGGUGCGGAGGCGGUAUGGAGACCUGGUGGUGCAGCUCGGCGGCCCGCCCAAGACAGAGGUGGCAACUCUGUGCAAGCCAGGCUCAGCGCUCUUGCCAGCCACCGCGACAGCUGCUACGAGGCUCCUCCCGACGCAGCUGUGCUCCCCUCUGACCCCGUCGCUCCCCGCCCGCCUCACGACUCAUCGUGACUUGGCAGAGGAGCACUUAGGCGGAUACGGCAUGCAGGCGUAUUACUUCCUACGUCGCAACCAACCCGCGUGGGGGCUGCUGCUGCAGAAAGCGGAGUGCCAGUUCGCCGACGCCGCUUACGCAGCGGAAUCGCUCGGCAACGCUGAGGCUACCGUGGACCUGCUCAAUCCUCCUCUCUGUUCUUUGAUGCGCGCAGCCGAGUCUCGGAAGCCCGAAGAGGAGAACGCCCACCCGGCGAACCGCCCUAUUUCAUUCGACACGGACACGACGGCCAACGGCCUCAAGCAAGCGCGUCAGCACCGUCAAAAGUGCCAAAUCGAGGACGCCAGUUCGCAGUGGAAGGCCGGGCUUUUCGUGAUGGCGCGCAAGUUUGCGCUGCAUUACCUGUGUGGGCGACACAAACGUAUCUGCGCAGGCUCCACCGACUGCUCGCUGCCCUUGCUGGAGCAGCGAGCGCAGUGGGACAUGUUGCGGACCUUCAUCGGCGCAACGGACGACUCCGAGGAAGUCUCUUUCCUGUGGGGCCCGCUCGCAGGCGGGGACUACGUGGAUACCAAGAGGUGGCAUGAACUGCGCAUCAGCGUGCGUCAUCUCGACUUUUUUCGGUCGGAGGUGGUGGGUGCGCCGUCAGACCUGAUGGAGCUGUGUGCGGAGGAGCGUAUGAUUGGGCUGUUCCGCGCGGUGCGACAAAGGAACCUUUUGCAGUUGUGCUUCUCGCCGCUUGUGUGCGCUAUGCUCCCAAGGGGCGAGCCGGCGGAGUCGGCGAAUGCGGGUGCAGCGGCAGGGCAGGAGGUGCACAAAGAGACGGACAGUAGUCAGCAGGAGGAUACGUUCGCUUUGUCGGCGCUGCUGAAAGCUUCCACAAGUGCACGGGAGCAGACAAAGUCCACUGUGACCCUUGCAGAAACCGUGCUGGGGUGGGAGGGCGCUUUUCUUGACGCCUGUGCUACGCACCCGGCAGCGCUGAACAGCCACUUCCAGCGCAUGGUACAGUCCUUCACCUCCAUUAUCGCGCCGUGGGAAGGCACAGCAAGCGUUCCUCCAGAAAGCACUGACACCCAACUCAUUCAUCUGUGGCUUCCAGCGCUGCAGCAUCCUCUGCUCGACCUUCACUACCUCACGUCCGCGGCGCUGGGUACGGCGCCAAAAGACCUUGCAAACCCCAGCGGCGUUGUCUCAUCACUACGUGCGCCGUGCUCGUGCCGAUCGGGCGAGGACCCCUUUGCCAAUUCGCCUUUUGCAGAGGUCGCGGGCAGUUUCUUCGUCGGCGCCAGAGAGUUUGGCGCGGUCGCUACGGCUCUGGUGGUCAUGGUGACAGAGCAGCGUUUUCUUUCGCCGUCGGAUGUCGUGUUGGACGGAGCUCAGCUCUCUCCCUCGUUGCUGCGUCAGAUCCGGGAACUGACGGGACGGGGGAGAGGAACGGCAGAGAAAAGCUCUGUCGACACAAAUACGGAGCCUGUGGGGCGCACAGACGCGGCGGCGCAGAUAGUGAUCGCCGUGCGACGAGUGCUGCUUCGGCGAAACAAAGCGAAGAUCGACGGCGCUUUAAGCGACGUCAACCUCAGCGAUGCACUGAGCGAGGACGAUAGCACGCACCAAAUUUCGGUUGAGGUGGGCAUGCGUGUGCGAUGUGCGGACCAGUUGUCACCAGGGCUGAUUUGGUGCAGCGCCGUCUGGCCACAGGCGGCUGCGGAGGGUGCUCUGUGGGACACCAACCCCGACUGCCGCCCCAGGUACACCGCCCCCACCUCGCGCUCUCUCUCCACCGCCCACUCCGGCUCCAUCUCUCGCGAGGUGCAUCACACGAGUGAGAGCGUUUUUGUGACGGAGGUGGAGGAUCGGAGAGAGUCGCACACGCCGCGGGCUGCGGACGGCCGCAGCGCAGUCCACACGUGGAGCUUCAGCGACGUUCCUAUACCCGUGCGUUGGAAUAGCGUUCGCCGCGGCGCUGCGCCUGGCGCAGCCGAGCUUCCUCUUUGCGUAGAGUACGACCAGCCUUGUCCGGGUGGGCUCGUGGACCCUAUUGUCUAUGUGAAGGACAAACCUCUGACGGCGGAGGACAGUGCUGGCAACGACGGCGUCGUGGGCAACAUUUUCCUACUUCAAGACGCCCUGGACGCGUAUGUGUGGAUCGCCUGA